AUGAAUGAACCACAAGACGCUAGAAAGAAGGUGGAGUCUAUAGACAGUGGAAAUUAAAGAUUCCUUCCAAUUCCAAACCAUUUGUUUCUCAUUUGUCAAGUUUAUUAUUUUUAUUGCAAUACAUUGGUAUUCUUCCAAGAAAGAGGAAGUAAAAGAAAGUUGUUUCAGAUUAUUGUUUUGUUUGGAUUGUAAUAUCUGAAAAAAAACAACAACGUGUUUGUUGCAAUGGAUACGUUGGGACUUCUCAGAAUUAGGGUCCGAAGAGGCUACAAUCUUAUUGUUCGUGAUAAGAUAGCGUCUAGCAGUGAUCCAUAUGUUGUCAUCACCACCACUCAACAGAAAGUGAAAACAAACGUGGUGAAAAAAAACUGCAAUCCCGAGUGGUGUGAUGAAGUGAGUCUUUCAAUCAAAGAUCUUAAUGAUCCAAUCGAGUUAACGGUGUACGACAAAGAUACGUUGGGUGCGGAUGAUCCUAUGGGAACUGCAGAGAUUGACUUAAAACCAUACUUAGAAGCAGCGAGGUUGAGGAAAGAGUUGCAAGAACUCCCAAAUGGCUGUGCACUCAAGAAAGUACAACCAAGCGGGACAAAUGACCUCGCUGAUGAAAGCCGCAUUCUUUGGGAAAAUGGCAGGAUCACCCAAGACAUGCGUCUCAAACUCAGGAAUGUUGAAAGUGGGGAAGUUUUAAUCCAAAUAGAGUGGGUUGAUAUCCCUGGCUGCAAGGGUUUGGAUCCUGAUUUCUGAAUCUGUAUGUAUGGCUUUAACUAUAUUAUUCUCUCUACUUUUAACUCUUUUCGUAUAUAUACCUCAUCGGGGAAUCAUCAAUUUUCUUUUUUAUCGUAAUUUGAAAACCAAACUGUAAUUCAACUCCUAUGUUAUAAUGCAGAAAAACAUACACUUAA